AUGCAGAAACGCACAAGAAAAAUGGUACAUAUACACACUAGAGAUCUCAUAUCCCCAGGCCUCUCCUUCACAGAACACUUAUCUGUGUGGACCCCAAACAUUAGAAAUUGAAAGCUUAAACCACCCAUCCCAAAUCAGGCAAGGUAGACAGACUUUUUUUCCAUUUUCCUAAUAAGUGGUUUUCCCCGUUAUGCUAUAAAAUCCUUUAGCAAACUCUCCUAAAAUCCAUUGGGCACAUUCCUUAUGGCUAAAAAUACUCUGCAAAUAUGUAGUCACACUAUAAAGAUAUAUGCAUUACCCUAUUUCAUGCAAUGAUAUUCUAUUGUACAUCAUCAUUGGUAAGAACUGCUGAUAAAUCUUCUGUGAAUAUCCUAGUAUUCUCUUUUGAUUCAACAUACAUUUGUCACCUUGAGUAAAGUUUUGUCUGUAGAAACAAUUGAUUGUUGUUACACACUACUACUAUUACUACUCUCCAGUUCCAGGAGUGUUCCAGGGUGUUACAAGUGUAUACAGGGUGUUACAAGUGUAUACAGUUCCAGGGUGUUACAAGUGUAUACAGGGCCGGAUUUAGGUCUGAUGAGGCCCUUAGCUACUGAAGGUAAUGGGGCCCUUUAUAUGUCCAGCUGUCCUUUGUCAACAACAAAUUGUUGCUGUUUUUUGCGCUGAAUAUAUGCUAUAAGGUAAUUUAUGGACCUAAUAGGUAUCUAAAGCCAUUUGCACAUAACAAAUAGGAGCCUACACAACACAAAACACUGUUGAUGUAGGUUUUAUUCUAUUUUUUAUCUUAUAUUUUGGAAAUGUACAUCCAGUUUUCUUUUCCUUUAUUUUUUGGGGGGCCCCCAAGAGAGUGGGGCCCUGAGCUAUAGCUUGUUUAGCUUAUAUGUAAAUCCGGCACUGAGUGUGUACCUGGACUCACAUGUGCACAGCCAGCACUCAUACAUGUUCGUAUACACACAGCUGACAGGUUUAGGAUCUCUUCACUUAAAAUCAUAUGCAAAGUUACACACACCCACACACAAAUAUAUACAUUUGUGUUUGGCGGAAAUGACUGGCAGAAUCCGAGACCAGGGAGAAGAGUCGGUGGAAGAAGACUACUUACAGAAAUAUUGUAAAAUUAAUGAAUGUUAGAAUGAUGACGGAUUGAAGUUAAGCGGUUCUAGCGGUAAUGGUAUAAAAGAAUAUGGGAAAAUUGGUUUUUAAUAGGUAAAAAUUUAAUGUUAUAACAUAUCAAGAUUAAAGAUCAGGAUUAAAAAGGAGGGAAAGGAAUUGCUGGACUAACAAACUGAAUUGGAAUACAAAAGAGGGAGGUAUGAGGAGGUCCGGGAAACAAGUAAAUGUAAAAGUAGUGAUGAAAAGAUGGAAUUGUUUUUAACUGUUUUUUCUCUUUUGUACUUUGUAUUUUUUCCUUUUUAUUGUCAAUUUUUUUAUUAAUGUGAUCUUAUUCUUUUGAAAUUUUAAUAAAUAUCAUUUUAAAAAAACAAAAACAAAUAUAUACAUGUGUGUGUGUGUGAGAGAGAGAGAGAGAGAGUGUGUAUAUAUGCAAACAUAUGCAAAGUUACACACCCACAAAUAUAUAUAUAUAUAUAUAUAUAUAUAUAAAAAUAGAUGUGUGUGUGUGUGUGUGUAUAUAUAUAUAUGUAUGUAUGUAUGUAUAUGUAUAUAUGUAUAUAUGUGUGUGUGUGUAUAUAUAUGCAAAGUUACACAAACACAGACACAUAUAUAUUACACACGCGGAGCUCCGUCCCUACUUUAACCCUUCCUUAACAGGAGCAGAGCUUCUUACUGGCCAGCAACAGGCCCGAGCAGGGACGCCCCCUCCCCACCUUCCUUGAUCAGUCCCCCCGCCGCUCUCCUCACCUGCAGCAGCCAGUGGCGCGGCUCCUGCACGGCGAAGCCCUUGGCGGCGGGCGGGGGUCUCCCGACGACCACGCGGACGGGCUCGGCGUUCGGGUUCUCGAGAGCCAGGCGUCGGAGGCGCGACGUGCCCACGCGGACGGCGCCGAAGCUGAGCACGGGCGCCGGCGAGAAGGGGACCAGCGUCAGCGCGGCGUCGGCCUCCUCUUCGCCGCCGCCGUCCCCUUCGCCGGCCGUAGCCCAGCGCCGCCGCCGCCGCCCCGGGCCGCCAGGACUCGCCCUCCGGAGCCCCGUCGCUCCCCCGUCCUGCCUCGAGACGGCCAUGGCUCCGUCGACCAAGGUGGGUCCCCGCCUCCUCGUCGCCGCCGGUUCCUUUUUCCCCUCAGGAAUACGGUCAAGGGCCUCGACAGCAAACCGCCUGUCUCCCCCUCCCCUCCCCCCUCGCAACCCGACAAUAACAAUGAUCCUCGGCAGUUAGGAGUCCCAACCGCCAGUCCCGAAUUUCAAACCCGGCCGCCCCCACCAAUCAGGGCGGUGUCCGUGAGAAACGCGAGGCCAAUCGCCGCGCGGAACGCCCCCGCACCCAAUCGCCGCGCGCACCGUUCGGAAAACGCCAGCCAAUGGGUUGGGGCCUUCCCUCCGCCCUCUUUGGCCAGAGCGAUCGGCGGCGCCCUUCAACCAAUGGCGAGCGGGAGUUUUCCUUUAAAACUGGCGCAUGCGCGGGGCGGGAGAGUGGGCUUACAAUAGGCUGCCGUGAGACCUCUAGCAUCGAGUAGGGCAGCGGGGGAAAUUAUUUUUGUUGUCCUUGUUAAUUAAUAACUAUAUACAAUUGAUUGUACUAAUAUUAUAUUAUAAUAUAAUAUAAUAAUGUGUUAGAAUAAUAUAUAAUCAUUAAUUAUAUACAAUUAAGCAUAAUAAUACCAUGUAGUAUAAUAAUAUAUUAUAAUAAUAUAUAAUUAUCGAUAUAAUUUUUUAUUGUUAGAACAACCUCUUUUUUGAAUCGCUCUUACAAACAAGCUGCUACAAAGUAAGGAAAAUGAUUCAAAUUCAGCUACAAGUCACAAUACAAAGGUUGCAGGUUUCAUCCUCUUAAUAGACAGCUGCAUAAUCCUACCUUGCAGAUAGAUGGUCCUCAGUUUCUUAUUGGUUGUUGGUCAUGUGCGCCUCUUUGCAUUGUGGGAGUCGAUACACCCUUCAUAAUCUCAUUGCCUAAGAUGACGUUGUCUGCUACCAGUCAAGAGAAGUGCCCCCCCCCUUUUAACUUUGAUCAGUUAGGGUUGCCAUAUUUCAAAAUCUACACAUCCAGCAUGGGUUACCAUACGUCUGGAUUCCCCUGGGCAUCCAUGUUAUUUUCACCCGGGCUGUUUCCGACCGCUGAAUCCCAUUUCUGUCCAUUUCUAUGGAAACCCCACAUUUCACAGCGCCCCAGAAAAUGAGCCUUCAGCACCCUAAUCCGGGGGGUUGUGAUUUCAGCAAGAACCCAACAUUGUACAAUGUGGUGAGUGCUGAUCUUUGUUCAUGAGGAACAGUGAAGCCAGAGAGAAUGUGGAUCGAGGGGGGGGGGGGGAGGCAGCUGCUUGAUUCAAAAAGACUUCAGGGACAUCGCUUUUGAAGAAGAGAGAGAACCAUUUCUCUUUACUUUUCUUAUGAAGCCAGCUCUAGAUCUUUUCUAAAUAAAUUGAAUAAAACUGCUUAACCCACUGAAAGAUAUAUUUGAAAAAUGAAUCACUCCAAAGAGGCUUCAAACAACAACCAAAGGCCCCCUGCAACGUCUGGCGGCAGAAACCCCAAAAAUGAGCCUUUGGCCCCCUGAGCAAUUUUGCCAAAAAUAUGAUGUCGUCUGAUUUACUCCAAAACAGCGCCAAACACCAUCAAAAGGCUCCCUGCAAUGUUUGGCAGUGAAAAUCCAAUGUUUCCCAGCCCCCCACAAAACCAGCCUUCGACGCCCUAGCCCAUGGGGUCAUGGUUUCACUGAAAACCCAAGGUCAUCCCCUGCAUGGCAGCCAUACAAUUGUCUUGUGAGCCAGUGUGGUGAAGUGGUUGAGAGUGGUUGAAGACUGUCGCGACAGGACUCCCACCUGCCACAAGGUGAAACAAGAUGGGAGCCCCGAACAAAAGGGAACCCAAACUUUUAUUAGCUGCUAAUCCCCAUGUUACACACACCACAAACUACAUCACUAAUACAUCAUGGUUACAUCAUGAAAGGGGAGGUCUGGUGGCAGUAAUCUGAGCAUCCCAGACCCUGCCCCAUGCCAUCCCUUGCCCUCCACCAAACACCAGUCAAGUUAAUCACGCUCUUUUGUCUUCAUCUGGGUUUGUUAUUUCUGGAAUGGCUACCUGUCUGGCACUCAGGUAUCAGGAUGCCAGAGAUUAUCACUCAGGCAGAGAGGCUGCUGAGUAGCUGAGCUCACAUGUCUAUAUGAAUUUCUGAAGUUUUCCCAGUGAACCAGUACACAGAUACAUUUAUCAGUGAAUUGUUACAUUUGGUAUUGUGCAGUAGAGGCCCUUUGAAUAGAUAGGAAGAAACUGUGAUGAAGUUGAUGAAACUAUGAAGUGAUUGUGCUGAUUUUGGUUGUGGGGUGCAUGUGCAUUAUAUCUGCUGGAGGGGCAACCCCCUCAACCUAUUGGGAGCCCAGGAUCCAAUGAAUAGUCAUUACCCUUACAAAACUUAUUGACUCCACAUCUGGCCAGUGAAAAAUGAGGUCACAGAUCUUUUUUGAAGACAAAAGUGACAUUCAAUUGAAUUAAGAAGGCACAUUUAAUCAUAUGUUGUGGACGUGUAAGGUAACAAAAGCAUUCUGGGAAAUGAAAUAUAAUGAAUUUUUAAAAAUGUUUUAAAUAGUUUUAUAGAAAAAAAAACCAUAGAAUUUUUUAUUAGGAAUUGUAGGUGCUGAAAUUCCAAGGGAGCGGAAAAGUAUUUUUAUGUAUGCGACAACAGCUGCACAGAUGUUGUUAGCCCAGAGAUGGAAGGAAGAUAAAGUCUCUACCAGAGAAGAAUGGCAAAUCAAGUUGAUGGGCUAUGAUGAAAUGGCAAAACUGGCCGGAAAGCUCAGGAACAUGGAAGACAAAAACUUUAAUAAGGAAUGGGAAUUUUUAAAAAUAAUUUACCUUGAAGACCACUGUAAGCAGUUGAAAACAUUAGCAGGACUGUGAUAACACUUGUAAUGUAACGAGAACUAUGGACAUAAUGGAGUUAUAAAAAUCUUGAAUUACUGAAAAAAGAUGCAGUAGAAAAAGUUUAACAACGGAACCCAUGGAGGGGAAGAUGGAAAGUCCAGAGAUUCGGGGGAAUCUUUUAACUGUGGAUAUGUUGUGGUGUGAUGUUAAUCUUAAAGAUGUAAAAACCAAAUAAAAAAUAUUUUACAGAAGAAUCGCAGACCCACAGACGAGGAGGAAGCAUUCAAAGAGGAUAAAGCUACAGUGGUACCUUGGUUUUCAAACGUCUCCAUUGAUAACCAUUUCGGUUUACGAACGCUGAAAACCUGGAAGUAAAUGCUUCCGCUGAGUGCAGGAUCCUGAGGCAUAGAAGAAGAAGAAGAGUUUGGAUUUGAUAUCCCGCUUUAUCACUACCCGAAGGAGUCUCAAAGCGGCUAACAUUCUCCUUUCCCUUCCUCCCCCACAACAAACACUCUGUGAGGUGAGUGGGGCUGAGAGACUUCAAAGAAGUGUGACUGGCCCAAGGUCACCCAGCAGCUGCAUGUGGAGGAGCGGAGACGCGAACCCAGUUCACCAAAUUACGAGUCCACGGCUCUUAACCACUACACCACACUGGCUCAAUAGCUGUCGGCUAUUGAGUUUUUGCUUUUUGAAUGUUUCAGAACUCAAAACAGCCUUUUGAAAUGGAUUAUGUUCGAAAACCGAGGUACCAUUGUAUUUUGCCUUUGAGUGUGAAGGCCACUUUUCAAGUCUACAACAGGGCAAACUGGUUCAGCCAAGAGGUUGAAUCCUUCCCUUCCCCACCUUCAAGGCCAGGGUUCUCAGGUAGGUGAAGUUACUCACCCAACAUUGUGAGCUGGUUGUCAGGGGUCUAAAGGAGGACUAAAGGAGUAAAAAACAAACCAUGAGCAUGUAUUGGAUGAAAAGAAACCUACUUCCUUCCUGUCCAUUUCAGUAACCCAGACACAAAGUGUUGACAUAGUACAGUCGUACCUUGGAAGUCGAAUAGAAUCUGUUCCGGAAGUCUGUUCAACUUCCAAAUCGUGGUUUCUGAUUGGCUACAGGAAGCUCCUGAAGCCCCGUUGGACGUUCGGCUUCCAAAAGAACGUUGAAAAACCGGAAGUCACUUCUGGGUUUCGAUCGUUCAGGAGCCAAAACGUUCGAGAACUAGGCUGUUCAAAAACCAAGGUACGACUAUACAUGGAUGACAGUGUCCAUGCAACUGAUGCAUUUCCAUAAUUUGAAAGAGCACCAUCCUUCAUCUGAACUCCCAGAUCUACAAAGGCUAUACUUUUGCAAAAGCAUCACUAGUGUAAUACACAUAAGCUUGUGCGGCAGCCACCUAGUUGUCCAAAGGCAAAGUUAUUUUACUGAGAAAAAAAUCAGCAUGCUUGGGGCCUGUGUUCGUGGAUGGAUGCAAGAUGAAAAACUAUAACAAACCCAGAAAUAAAACCAGUUAAUUGUUCACUGCAGUGAUGUAAAACUACAUACAAAAUAGCCAGCUACAAGUCUGGUGUCUCAAAUUUGUUUAUAAAAUACUUAGAAAUAUAUAAGAAACAAGGAAUUGUACAAAUGCUUCAAUAGAUUGGGAAAUUGAGAGAUAUGCAGGCAAUUAGACUGAUUCAUUGCAAUACAAAUCAGUUCAAACACUUACAGGAAAAACAGUUAAGGCAAACCUUUUUUUUCUUUCUCACUCUCUAUAUAGAUCUAACAGUCACACACAAAGUAUCCUACACAGGGCACAGCAAAGGACAGUGCAGAGGAACUACAGCAAGCGCUUUGGGGUACAGAGAAAGCUGAGGUGAGGAAAAAUGGGUAUUUGGGGGAGGAGUGCAAAUAACUAUAGACGGAGGAAAGGGACUAACAGAUGUGAAAGUCUCAGGCUUGAUCAAUAUGAACUGGAGGUAGCCAUUUGAAAUGCAAGCACUGUUAGUGUAGUGUAAGAAAAACUGAACUUCUCCCACCUCAUUUCCCAAUCUGAUUUGCGGUAUACACUGCUCAAUCAAGUCAAGAAUCAGUUCCAUUUGUUAUCUUCAGUGACUUUGUACCUUCCUGCUCAGCUGCCAAGUUAUUUUCAUUCUCACAACAGGUAAAGUCUUAUCUUUGCCCAGGCUUUUGGGGUGGGAUGAAGUGCCUGGCAAGACUUUCUGCUUCCUGUGUGAUUAUUGGUUGUGAUACUGUUUUAUAUAUAUUUUUUGACUUAAGGGCGGCCUACAAAUACUUUAAAUAAAUAAGUUGCAGAUUUAUAGUGCAGUAAAAAGGUAAAAGGUAAAGGAGCCCUGGACAGUUAUGUCCAGUCAAAGGAGACUAUGGGGUUGCGGCAUUCAUCUCGCUUUCAGGCCGAGGGAGCCAGCAUUCGUCCACAGACAACUUUCCGGGUCAUGUGGCCAGCAUGACUUAACCGCUUCUGGCGCAACAGGACACCAUGACGGAAGCCACACGGAAAUGCCAUUUACCUUCCCGCUGCAGCGGUACCUAUUUAUCUACUUGCACUGGCAUGCUUUCAAACUGCUAGGUUAGCAGGAGCUGGGACAGAGCAACGGGAGCUCACCCCAUCGCAGGGAUUUGAACUGCUGGCCUUCUGAUCAGCAAACCCACAGUGCCACCCACAUUCCAUUGUGCAGUAUCUCACUCCCUCAACAGGGAAUAUUAAAUGAAUAAUUACUUAAUCCUGGCAAUUUUAAGAGGCAGAUGAAAAUCUCAAGGCCAGCUCUACCUAAUCUUCCUCUUUUCCCGAGGCAAUCUACCAUCAACUGUCCUUUGCCAAAGAUCCUGAUGAGUUUAAUGUUGCAUUAAUGUUACCUGUAAAGUGCCUUGGAAGCAUUUACAUCCUGAAAUGCAGGAUAUAAAUUAUUGUACUACAUAGAUAUACCAGUUAUUCCACCUUCAAUUGUUCCUGAAGUUUCUGGUGGCAUUUGGUAGCUGUUCCAUCACAUGGAACAGUCUCCUUACAUUUGCAUUUCAUAUAGCCACUACAUCUCCAUUCCCAGAUGUCAAUUCAGCAAAGACCUCCUCUGCUUAACGAGCAAUGCAGUAUUUAGGAGACCAGGAGGCGCACAUGGGUGACACACAGCCUGCACACUCAGGGGGAAAAACUUUCAUUGCAUGAAACGAUGUGAAGAGGUGAUGGUAAACAUUCUAUAGAUUCAAAGUCAAAAUGAUCAUUUUUAAUUUUACAACAUCAGCAUAUGUAUAAACAGGUUUUUAAGGGCCAUCUCGUGUUCUUCACAUUUGAAACCGUUCCUGAAUUAAUAUGCUACAGAGCAAACACAAGUCCAAUUAGUUGUAAUUUAGCAUCAAAAAUGUCGGUUAAAACACAACAAAAAUGAAUAACAAGCAAUUAAAAACAAGCAACUUCCAGCUCAUGAGACUCUCUAGUUAAUGCAGUUAGUAAACACAGGGCUGUAUAGCUUCCUUUUUUUGAUCAUAGAUGGGUAACCUUUUGCUCCCACAAAUGUUAACUGCAAUAAGCUCUAGCCAGCAUGAUCAAUGGACAAGGAUGGGAGUUGUAGUCUAGCAAUAUCUCGAGGGCCAUCGCUGUUCUAGAGUAUCAAAAUGAUGCCAAAAUACAUAAAAAGAUUACGUGAUUUACCCCAUUCCUAAAAAUUAGCAUUAUAUGUACUCCAAACCUAAUUCACUUAUCCAACAUACUUACAUGACAGCAGUACCUCUGAGUAUUUGCUCCUAAUCUUGCUACACAUACCCACCUGUCUUUAGGAUAUGUGCAAAUGUGGCAAAAGCCAUAAAACCAGGAGUUUCUUGUACCUCUUUGGACCAAACGUUCAAAUCUUCAACUCUACAUAUUUCUAGCACUAUUCAACAGCUAACACGCACAUUUGGUGUACUCUGAAGACAACAAUUAAGAUAGAAGAACUCGCAAAGCAAGCUUCUUAGUUUUCCUAACCGUAAAGAAGCUUGUAGCAACCAUCUGUUUUAAGUGCUGAAACAUGGGCAAGAACACAAACUACCCGGCACCCAAGUAGCCUAUGGUUCCACGAUUGUUUAAAUGUAAUAACAUUCAUUUAUAAAGGAAAAUACUGUAAUGAGGUAACAAGUACUAGAUUUGUAGGAGGAUCACAGAACCUCUAUAUCAACCCUCAUAUACAUUUUGGGUCUUUUCCACAACUAUCUAGCAACAGUUCUCAAAAGCACUAGAAGUGGAAACUGAUUUAUCAGCAUUUUUUUUAGUGUUAUUGGACGCUAAAAACGCUGGCCACCGUCUGACUAAUCCGAUAUUUACUCCAAUUAAGUCACAUGGAUUAACAGACCAUUACUUCCAAUUAAGUUUACUUAGGACUGCCUCAAGUUAA